CCCCGUAUCCUCUCCGUGCCUUCUCCCCGCCCGUGCGGCCCUUGCGCGCCGCCGCCCCCGGCCCCGGGGCAGCGGCUCAGGGGCGGGCGGAGGCGGCGGCGGCGGCGGCAGCGUCCGCACCGGAACCGGGACGGGCCGAGCCCUGCCGAGCGGCUCCGAGCGUGUCCGAGCGGCUCCGAGCGACUCCGAGCAGUUCCGAACCCGCACGAGCGGUUCCGAGCGGCCCCGAACCGGCCGGCUUGGCGUCCGCCCGGGCCGAGCCGAGCGGUUCCGAGUGCUUCCGAGCGUGCUCUAGCGUUUCGAGCGGUUCCGAGCGGGCCCGAGCAGGGCCGCACCGGGCCCCGCGCCCGCCCCGCCGCCGCUCCCUCCACCAUCCAGCCAGUAAUUUUCCAAGCCCAGCCGGCGCUUCUCGGCUGAGCCCGCAGGAUCGGCGGGGCCAUGGGAGACAAAGGCACCCGGGUGUUUAAGAAAGCCAGUCCUAACGGGAAGCUCACUGUCUACCUUGGGAAGAGGGACUUCGUGGACCACAUUGACGUGGUGGACCCCGUGGAUGGAGUAGUGCUGGUGGAUCCUGAAUACCUGAAGGAGAGAAAAGUCUUUGUGACUUUGACCUGCGCUUUCCGCUAUGGCCGUGAGGACCUGGAUGUUCUGGGGCUGACCUUCCGCAAGGACCUGUUUGUGGCCAACUCCCAGGCCUUCCCCCCGGUCCCCGAGGACAAAAAGCCCCUGACGCGGCUGCAGGAGCGGCUCAUCAAGAAGCUGGGCGAGCAUGCCUACCCCUUCACCUUUGAGAUUCCCCCCAACUUGCCUUGCUCCGUCACACUGCAGCCAGGCCCAGAGGACACAGGGAAGGCCUGUGGAGUGGACUACGAGGUUAAAGCUUUCUGUGCUGAGAACCUGGAGGAGAAGAUCCACAAGAGGAACUCGGUGCGCCUGGUGAUCCGUAAGGUCCAGUAUGCACCAGAGAGACCCGGCCCCCAGCCCAUGGCAGAGACCACCCGGCAGUUCCUCAUGUCAGACAAGCCACUGCACCUUGAGGCAUCCUUGGACAAGGAGAUAUACUACCACGGGGAGCCCAUCAGUGUCAACGUGCAUGUCACCAACAACACCAACAAGACUGUGAAGAAAAUCAAGAUCUCAGUGCGCCAGUAUGCUGACAUCUGCCUCUUCAACACUGCCCAGUACAAGUGCCCAGUGGCUGUGGAGGAUGCUGAUGAUAUGGUGGCCCCGAGCUCAACGUUCUGCAAAGUCUACACCCUGACCCCCUUCCUUGCCAACAACCGGGAAAAGCGGGGGCUGGCGCUGGAUGGGAAGCUCAAGCACGAGGACACCAACCUGGCCUCCAGCACACUAUUAAGAGAUGGAGCCAACAAGGAGAUCCUGGGCAUCAUUGUCUCCUACAAGGUGAAGGUGAAGCUGGUGGUGUCACGAGGAGGCCUGCUGGGAGACCUCGCCUCCAGCGACGUUGCAGUGGAGCUGCCCUUCACGCUGAUGCAUCCCAAACCCAGGGAGGAACCAGUACACCGGGACAUUCCAGAGAAUGAAGCACCCAUAGAUACAAAUCUGAUAGAGCUUGAUACAAACGAUGAUGACAUUGUGUUUGAAGACUUCGCCCGCCAGCGACUGAAAGGCAUGAAGGAUGACAAGGAGGAUGAGGAGGAGCGGACAAAUUCCCCACAGCUCAAUGACAGAUAAGCGAGCCCCUCCCAGCUCGCCACCCUGCCCCAGGGACACCCCUACAUUAGGCUGCUUCUCUUUUCUAUAAUUAAUUUUGUUUUCUACCUGUACUGGGAGCCUACCAAUUGCCAGAUGGCCACAGGACCUAUAACCGUCCAGCUGUGCCGUGUUGUCUCUUCAUCCAGCUGCCAGAGCUGCUGUUUCCCGUGCAGGGCACGGCUGGGGAGGUGCUGGAGGCAAUGGGGCUCACUAUAACUCUGUCCCUGUCCAGCCUCCUGCCACUUACUAGAGCCCUUUACUAUGAGAUGCCCCUUUUAUGAGUUUUAUAUAAGCCCAGUCUCAACACCAGUUUGCUACAGGGAGGGGGGUUGCAGCAGAAUUGUGGGGAGAGGGGUGUGUUUUUUUUAGGCAGCCUUCUCAUGGGAAAAGGCACCUGUGCACCUUGGUGUCCCUUCCUUUCACCCAUGGCCAAUCCCCCUCUGUCUGGCCCUGCUGCAUGUGUUCCCUCCCUGGGAUGCACGAGCCUGGCUUUGACUUUGGCCCCUGCCCCAUCUGCCCCAAACAAAUGGGGUGGGCAGUACCUGCCCUUUUCUUCCCCCAAGUCCCCCCAAAGUGGCCAACCCCAAGGGUCCUCCCAGCUGCAUCUCUUCUCACACCAGUAUAAUCUCCACGGAGGAAACCAGCUCAGAGCUGGGAGCUGCUGGUGCCAUGUUAAGGCGGCAGAAGGGACCCUGUGGGUCUGUGCCAUCUGCCACACACUGCUUGUUCUGGGACAGGCCUCAAAUGCCUCUUCACAGCCAUGGCAGUGUUGUGGCAGAAUAGCCUUGUCCCCCAGCGGGAUGUUGCCAGGGAUACUUUUGUCCUGCCAAGCUGCAAAGCCCCCCUGGUUGAUGUUUUGCUCUGCCUGCAUGGGAUCUAGCACCUAUUUGGGGGUAGGGGAGAAUCAGGGCUUUUGCCACCCUAAUCAGUGUUUCAACAGAUGCUUAUACCUCCCGGAUUGGUGGUGCCUGGACCUCCUCCCCCCUCCAAGGGUCUCUGGUCUCCCACCACUCACUGAGAGGCCAUUCCCACUAUUUAUUGUGCUGUUGCAGUCAGCGUUGUCAUCUGAGAGCAUUUUGUAGGGAUAGCUCCAUCCCCCCCAACCCUGUUUGUGGGGUGCUGAGCUGAGCCCACCCCCCUCCCCCUGUAAUUUUGGGUAAAGCUGAUGGGCAGCGUGGUACUUCUUUUUGUAAAGUGGUUCCUUUGUACUGAUCAUUGAUACCUGCUGCUUUGGUUUCUCCACCCUGUCUGUGAUGUUUCUGUGUUCUGUCAAAUAAAUUAUUCUAGUUUAUUAAACUCAGAAAAAAAAAAAAAAGGAAAAAAAGAAAAAACAGUAAAA